AUGACAGCUCGACAGGAUGCUGAUAACCUUGCAUGGGACCGGAGCGAUGAGGUCUGGGAGGAAGCGAUGAAGCAAGUCCGAUUAUCGUCUACGUGUCGCAAAAUUGAAUCUUUUGCUGAGAGGAUGUUCGACAGCCCUGCAACCUUGGUUACCCCAUUAAUUAUAGGCGGUUUUAACGUGCUAUAUCCCAUCCGAAUCGAAGGCUCCUCCGCUAAUGUUCUCAUACGCCUGCCCUGCCCCAAUCAGGCCGUGUUUCCUGAAGGGAAAACACUUGCGGAAGUCGCAACGGCAGCAUACAUCAGCCAACAUACUCAUAUCCCGGUUCCAAAAGUCUUCUAUAGUGGUAUUGAUUCCGAUAUCGGGCCGUUCAUGAUUAUCCAAGACCUCGGAACCCGACGAGUCAUGAGCCAGGCUCUGGAGACUCCCCGCGAGGAUCCUAACGAGACUCCCGUGUUACGACCUGAUAUUUCUGAAAGCGAGCUUGAGAGCCUGUAUGUUAAAAUGGCACAGUGUAUGCUGCAGCUUGCACAACCUGCUUUCCCACGCAUCGGAGCUCUCAUCGAGUCAAGACCCGGAUCCUACCAUGUAAUGGGACGACCUAUCACUCUGAAUAUGAAUAAUAUGGUUCAGCAAUCCAAUAUCCCUAAAUCAAUCUUUCCAUUAGAAGGCACCACUUAUCAGACCGCUGAUGAGUGGUACGCGGUGUUAGCCGAAAUGCAAAUAGCAACACUCCUCUUUCAACAUAACGACAUGGUCUCAUCAGAGGAUGACUGCAGGACUAAAUAUGUCGCUCGCCAACUAUUUCGCAAAUUGGCUAAACAAGGCCGACUAUCAAAGUUUGGGUUUACUGAAGAUAAAUGGUCUGCCUGCUCCAAGGGCGCUCGUGCAACAUUGGCGGCGCCGGAAGGCUCAGGCUCUUUCCGCCUCUGGUCUGAUGAUUUUAGGCCGGCCAACGUUAUUGUUGAUGAGAAUAACCAGGUUCUUGGUGCUAUUGACUGGGAAUACGCCUACGUUGGGCCAACGCAGUUCAUCUUAGACCCUCCAUGGUGGCUACUACUUGACGUGCCUGAGAUGUGGGAUAAUGGUAUCGAGAAUUGGACAAGCCUCUACGAAAGACGGCUAAAGACCUGGCUUUCGGCGAUGGAAGAAGUAGAAAAAGAUGCGAGUCCUGGUCUUUUGCUGCUCUCGGCGUACAUGCGAGAGAGCUGGGAGACAGGCCGCUUCUGGCUUAACUAUGCCGCUAGAAAGAGCUGGGCAUUUGAUACCAUCUACUGGAAGUACCUAGACGAAAGAUUCUUUGGUGAGCGGCAAGAAAAUGUUCCCACGGAAGAACUAUGGAAGGCGAGGGUGGAUCUUUUGAGUGAAGAGGAACGAGCAGCGAUGGAGUCGCUGGUACAAAUAAAGAUGGAAGAAUCGAAGAAACGGGUUUUGGUUGAGUGGGACGAUGCGGAGGCAAGGCAGCGCCUGUCUUCCUUGCUAUUCAACUAA